UCACAAAGGCUGGAGCAACGAACACCCGUGCUCGAGCUCCAGGCAUUCAGGCUGGCUUGGACUCAGGUCCUGCUGCCUGCGCCAACGCCAAAAGGCUCAGAAAGCGAGCCCUGGUAACUCCACCACUCAUCAUGGCCAGCCAGUUCUGCGUUCCUCUAGCCCCACGCCUCUCACCCCUUAAACCUUUGAAAUCCCACUUCACAGACUUCCAGGUGGGUAUCUGUGUGGCGAUCCAGCGCAGCGACAAACGGAUCCACCUGGCUGUGGUCACAGAGAUCAACAGAGAAAACUCUUGGGUGACAGUAGAGUGGGUUGAGAAAGGAGUCAAAAAGGGAAAGAGGAUCGAACUAGAGACUGUAUUUCUGUUAAAUCCAGCUCUGGCCUCUGCUGAACAACGGUCACACAGAUCCCUGCGCACAGUGUCUGUAAUACCCCCUACUGCCAUCGGGGACCAGCGUACAGCCACCAAGUGGAUUGCGAUGAUCCCUCACAGAAACGAAACACCCUCAGGGGACAGCCAAGCCCUGGUGGUCCCCAGCAACCCUUGUCUGAUGAAGCGAAAGAAAUCCCCCUGCCUAAGGGAAAUUGAAAAACUGCAGAAGCAGCGAGAAAAGCGCAGGCGACUGCAGCUAGAGAUCCGAGCUAGACGAGCGCUUGACAUCAACACUGGAAACCCGAACUAUGAGACCAUGCGUAUGAUUGAGGAGUACCGUAGGAAUCUCGACAGCAGUAAGAUGUCCAGCCUGGAGCCCCCAGAAGACCACCGGAUUUGUGUGUGCGUGAGGAAGCGCCCUCUUAAUGAGAGAGAGACAACCAUGAAGGACCUAGAUAUCAUCACUAUCCCUUCGCACAAUGUGGUCAUGGUGCACGAAUCUAAACAAAAGGUGGACCUGACCCGCUACUUGGAAAACCAGACCUUCUGUUUUGACCAUGCUUUUGAUGACACAGCAUCCAAUGAGUUAGUUUACCAGUUCACUGCCCGGCCUCUAGUGGAGUCCAUCUUCCGGAAGGGCAUGGCCACUUGCUUUGCCUAUGGGCAGACUGGCAGUGGGAAAACUCACACCAUGGGUGGAGCCUUUUCCGGAAAGGCCCAAGAUUGUUCUAAAGGAAUUUAUGCCCUAGUGGCUCGGGAUGUCUUUCUCCUACUGAGAAACCCUGCCUAUGAGAAAUUGGAACUCAGAGUCUAUGGGACAUUUUUUGAGAUUUAUGGCGGCAAAGUGUAUGAUCUGUUAAACUGGAAGAAGAAGCUGCAAGUCCUAGAAGAUGGAAAUCAGCAAGUGCAAGUUGUGGGGCUGCAGGAGCAGGAAGUGUCUUGUGUGGAGGAAGUCCUGAAUCUGGUGGAGGUUGGAAACAGCUGUCGGACUUCUGGACAGACCUCUGUCAAUGCCCACUCAUCUAGGAGUCACGCGGUGUUCCAGCUCAUCCUCAAGUCUGGAGGGAAACUGCAUGGCAAGUUUUCCCUGGUUGACUUAGCUGGGAAUGAAAGGGGGGCAGAUACUGCCAAAGCCACACGAAAGAGACAGCUGGAAGGGGCCGAGAUAAAUAAGAGUCUCCUGGCCCUGAAGGAAUGCAUCAGGGCUUUGGGGAAGAACAAAUCUCACACCCCAUUCAGAGCCAGCAAACUCACGCAGGUGCUACGGGACUCCUUCAUAGGGCAGAAUUCCUCCACCUGCAUGAUUGCUACUAUCUCGCCUGGAAUGACUUCUUGUGAAAAUACCCUCAAUACUUUAAGAUAUGCGAACCGAGUCAAGGAAUUAGCUUUAGAGUCAAGGCCCUACCAGCACUGCCUCUCUCCAACUGACCAUGAAGUACCAGUAGUGUUAGAAAAGGAGGACACUAAUUCAGAAAAGCCCCUUCAGGGGCAGGGAUUUAUUCAAAUACCUAUUGUACAGAAUGUGGAAGAGAAAGAAAGCAACGAAAUCGCCUUAACAAAGGACACAGUAGCUUCAUGGAGGAGAUCUAGCCAGUGGUGGGAGGCCAUCCAGGAGACAGCGGAUGGAGUAAACGGUGAUGUGGAUUUUUGCAUUGCUCAGUCACUGUCCAUUUUGGAGCAGAAAAUCGGUGUUCUGACUGAGAUCCAAAAGAAGCUCCAGUUGCUACGAGUUGACCUCCAAAAGAAAAGCCAAGUCGAGUGACAUGGAAGGCCAGAGAUCAGGAAUGAAAUCUUAGAUACAGUUCUGAAGUUUCUACCUCUUAUUACAGAAGAAAUCUGUCCAAAUUAUCUAAGCAUAAAGGUCCCCUGGAGAGCUUACACCUUAAA